CCUCUAAAUUACCAAUUUUAUCGUCGGUCUUUCUACGGAAAUUAUGUGAUAAGCACACAAUUGUUUUGCAACAAGGAGCCCCGUUGUCCAAGUUCCACACGGGCACUUCAUCAUUUCUUACGGCUCGAAGCAAGCCGUGAGUUUUCUUCUGUAUCAUCGCCAUUCAUCGCGUGAUUGCUUGUAUAACUUAAGCAUUUUUCUAACAAAAUAUAGUACAAUGUCUGUCGCCAACAAGAUGAAGCCUACUCUGGAAUCGCUGGAAACCAUUCGCCGUGGGGCAGGGAUUCCGAUGCAGGAGGUUAUUGGAUUGUUUCCUUUCUUCAUGCAAAACUUGGAUGCUGUCAUGUUCGAUUGUGAUGGUGUCCUUUGGAUGGGAAACAAUCCAAUUUCUGGAGCACAAGACCUUGUCAAAAAAUUGAGAACUAUAGGGAAGAAGGUAUUUUUCCUUACCAACAAUUCAACCAAGACAAGAGAGGAGUUUCUGGAAAAGUUUAACAGUCUUGGAUUUGAAGCUACGUUGGAUGAAAUUGUAGGGACAUCCUACCUGACAGCGCUUUACUUGAAGGAGCAGAAUUUUAAAGGAAAAGUGUAUGUGAUUGGUACUACUGGGAUCACUCGAGAGCUAGAGAACGUGGGCAUCGAGUCACUGCCAAUCGGACCGGAUCCUAUGCCAGCAGAUAUGCAUACGUGGGUGUCUUCCUUGAUUCCAAUUCCAUAUUUGGACCCAGAGGUUAAGGCUGUGGUUGUCGGAUUUGAUCAUCACCUGAGUUUCACAAAAAUGAUCAAGGCAGCCAGUUAUUUAAGGAAUCCUAAUUGUCUUUUCGUGGCUACGAACACCGAUGAACGUUUUCCAUCGGGACCGGAGAUUGUCAUGCCAGGUACUGGGUCAAUCGUCAACGCCGUCAAAACUGCGGCAGAACGAGAACCUUAUGUAAUGGGGAAACCAUCUCCAAUGCCUUUUGAAUUUGUAAAACGUACUCAUGACUUGGAUCCUAAAAAAGUUCUUAUGAUUGGUGACAGAUCCAACACAGACAUCUUGUUCGGUAAAGACUGCGGCUUGUGGACACUACUCGUUUUCAGUGGUGUAACAACUUAUCGAGAAAUAGAAACAUGGAAAGUGUCGGGCAACGCUUAUGAAAAGAAGUUAAUUCCGGAUUUUUGCUUGAAUGGGGUUGAAAACUUGUUGGCACUGAUAAACAAGCAUGGAGAAGUGGUGCAUAAUGCCAACGAUAAUUAACAAUCUUGGAUGAUCUAGUCCUUUCCAAAAAUGCUGACAAACGUAAAUUAACUAAAUGGAUGUGCAUUCUAUGUAACUACGUAGAAGAAUAAUAAGCUUUAAACAGAAACUCGAGAUUUUCAUAUAAUGUUUGUAACUUAUGCUUGAAUAAAAUGUGAAAUAUAAAACGAAAAAUAAAAGGCUGCUGUAAACAUGA